UCGACCUACCCGUUGCCUACUUUCAGCGCUGUGUGCGGACAGCAGUAAACUAAACGGCUGACUUGUUAAUUCCGCUGUCGUUACAAUUCUACACUUUUUAAAGUCAUCUUUAACGGACUUUGGGCUAUUUCUGUUUGUUCAUAUGACUCCCGCCAUAAAACGCGUCCAUUAUCUCCGGACCACCAGCAACACUACGUCACGGGACCCCAUUUGCAAAGCACCGUUUUGUAUUUUUGCCUUAUUGAACCAGCUACAAAUCACGGUAUGGCCAAAUAAAUGAAGGUCACCGUGACAGAUGCAGCAGGUUGGCCCUUCUUCCACAGACGAUCCGUCCUUCUCUGAUUUCUUCCUACUCCACCACCUGAAUGCUACACAUCGCGCCAACGUCUUACCUGUAGGUAUAAACCACCGUAUCAGCAAGUGUGCAGGUCUCUUCAGGAUGAGGUCCACUUUGUACUUCUACACGUGCCACCUGUUGUGCAUGGGUCUUGGUCUGGCCUGCGUAGUGUGUGUGUUCUGGUGGAACAGCCAGUGGCGUGGCGGUUUUGCCUGGGACGGCUCAGCACUUCAGUUCAACUGGCACCCGGUCCUGAUGGUAACUGGUAUGAUGGUGCUCUAUGGCAAUGGAGCUGUGUUGUACCGCGUCCCCCUGACUUGGGGCUAUAAUAAACUUCCUUGGAAACUGCUACAUGCUGCAGUGAUGCUCCUUGCCCUGCUACUUUCAGUUAUUGGACUUUGUGCUGUUUUUGGCAAUCACAAUGCUUCAAACAUCCCCAACCUCUACUCCCUGCACAGCUGGAUUGGAAUGAUCACCGUAGUUCUCUUUGCCAUGCAGUGGGCUACAGGGGUAGCUGGCUUCCUCCUGCCCUGCUCUCCUGGUUCAAUACGUAAACUCCUGAAACCCCAACAUGUGUGGUUGGGAGGCAGUUUCAUGUCACUGGGCAUUGCAUCCUGUAUCUCCGGUAUCAAUGAGAAACUCUUCUUUGUCCUGAAAGGAAAUACUAAUGGGUCUCAGCCAUAUUCUCAACAUCCGCCUGAGGCCCUGUUGGGAAAUUCAUUAGGAGUCUUGAUUGUAGCUUUUGGCAUGGUUGUCCUCAAGAUUUUGUCUAAUCAAGAAUGGCAGAGACCGGAAAAUCAGCCUGCAGAUGUGGCUUACUCGCCAGUGCUUCAAGAAGAAAAUCAAUGAGGGACGUAACCACUCAGCACUGUCAAAGCCAUAUUGGACCAUUUGCCAAUCCAAAAGCAGCUGACCUUUUUGUAGACGUUCCGGAUGUACACAUUUAAUUUUGAUUGUAUUUAAGUUGCUCUUUCCUGAUAAAGAAUAAAAUGUGAACCAUCUAAGUCUUCAUUCU